CUCGAGCUGCUGUCAGGAAAGCCGGGUGUGCGGAGGCGGUGGAAGGAGGCAGUGGUUGAAGGGGCAAUUCCUGACUUGCGGGGAGGGAGUGGGCAGCAAUGGUGAUGGCGGCGAAGAAGGGCCCAGGCCUGGGUGGCGGGGUCGGCGGGGGGAAGGCGGAGGCGGAGGCGGCCUCGGAGGUGUGGUGCCGCCGGGUGCGAGAGCUGGGCGGCUGCAGCCAGGCCGGGAACCGCCACUGCUUCGAGUGCGCUCAGCGGGGGGUCACCUACGUGGAUAUCACCGUGGGCAGCUUCGUCUGCACCACCUGCUCCGGCCUCCUGAGAGGACUGAACCCCCCUCAUCGUGUAAAAUCUAUCUCCAUGACAACUUUCACUGAGCCUGAAGUAGUAUUCCUGCAAUCCCAUGGAAAUGAGGUUUGCAGGAAGAUUUGGCUAGGUCUGUUUGAUGCUCGGACAUCUUUAGUACCAGAUUCCAGGGAUCCUCAGAAGGUGAAGGAGUUUCUACAGGAAAAAUACGAGAAGAAGAGAUGGUAUGUCCCCCCAGACCAAGUCAAGGGGCCCACUUUUACCAAAGGCAGUGCCUCCACUCCUGUGCAGGGCUCCAUCCCAGAAGGGAGGCCCCUGCGGACACUUCUGGGUGAUCCUGUGCCAUCUCUCUCAGUUGCUGCCUCCACCUCAAGCCAGUCUGUCAGUCAGUCUCAGGCGCGGACACCACAGGCCCGGAGCUCCCAGCCACCCCCACCCUCCUCUGUCAAGAAAGCCAGUACCGACCUGCUGGCUGACAUCGGUGGAGACCCCUUUGCUGCUCCCCAGCUGGCACCAGCUUUUGCUGCAUUCCCAGCCUAUGGGAGUCAGACACCUUCCCAUGGGGGCUUUGCCAACUUUGAUGCCUUUGCUGGUAGCCCCAGCUCUUCAGCAUUUGGAAGCAUCCCUCCCAUUGGCCAAGCCCCGUUCCAGGCCCAGCCAGCACCCGCAGCCAGUCGGAUGCUAAGUGGAAGUUACAGCUUUGGGAGCAGCCAGGUGGCUCCAUUUGGUGCCACUCCUCUUGCACCUGCCAGCCAGCCAAACAGCCUCACAGAUAUGGGCAGCCUCCUGGGGCACGCGGUGUCAACCGGAGGUAUCCGGAGCAGUGUCUUCGGAAUAGCCGGCCAGGUCCCCAUGCUCCAGUCUGCCACGACUGGUGGCAGCAGCAGCAGCACAGGGCUUGCUUUUGGAGCCUUUACCAACCCUUUCACAGUCCCUGCCACCCAGCCCCAGCUGCCUUCCACCAACCCGUUCCAGCCUAACGGCUUGGCCCCAGGGUCUGGCUAUGGGAUGAGCAGCGCAGGGCCUGGCUUCCCCCAGACAGCGCCAGCCACCGGGGCCUUUGCCAGCGCCUUACCAGCACCACUGUUACCCCCUCAGACCUCGCUGCCUCAGCAGCAGAAUGGCUCUUCCUUCGGGGACUUAGGGUCAGCCAAGCUGGGUCAGAGGCCACUGAGCCAGCCAGCCUGCAUUUCCACCAACCCCUUCAUGACUGGAUCCUCGUCAAGCCCAUUUCCCUCCAAACCUCCAACCAACCCAUUCUUGUAGUACUGUGUCCUUGGGGGCCUCUGCCCUGCUUUUUGGGGCCGUUCUCCUCCUCAGAGUUCUGGGGACCACUUGCCUGUGGGUAUUUCUGUGGGUCUGAGAGCAGAAUGGGCCCUGUUUGGCAGGGUGGGGCUGUGGAGAUGGUGGAUGCUUUGCUUGGGGCUUACCGAUGAAAGGCAGGAGGCCCAGGAGGAGUGAAGGCAGGGCCUGGCCUGGAGUAACGAUGGUGAUGUAUUUUUUUCAAAUUCUUAGUUAUGAUGACAACCCUCCUCCUCUCCUGCCCUCACUCCCAGCCCCGUGGGUGGAGGAAGUUGGGGACACAGAGUGACCAUCCUUCCCCCAUGGGACAGUUCUUCCCCACACCCAGCUCUGCAGCACAGCGCCUCAUGCAUAGAUGCACAGUGGGGAAAGUAAAGAUGAGGUGUGGUGUCGACGGGAGGCAGUGACCAGACAACCCUGGGGCCCAGGAGACCUGUGUGGCCCGAAUGCCGUGGUGUCCCCCUCCCCGUGGUUUUGCUUCCCCGGCUCCACUCCCUCAUCCUGGGCCGUCAGGAUGAAUAGUUUUACCUGCGUACUUACACACGCCCAACUCCUGUCAAGCACUUUAGUUAGCCAUUGGUGUCAUGUUUGGAUACCAGUGUUUUAUAUUUAUACAUAGAGAAUUUUCUAAUAUAGACUAUUAUAUCUAUAUAUACACAUACACAUACAUACAUAUAUAUACAUAUAAACAUAUGCACACAUAUACACAUCCAGCCAUGUUCCCUCUCCCAGACAGCUCUUCAACGUGGAGAAUGGGAUGAAUCCCCUUCUGUGCCUGGACCGUCAAAGCUGGAUCUCCAGGUGGGGAGGGGGAGGACAGCCCUCCUGACCACCCCAGAGCUGGGGCUUUUCCAGGGAAAGGUUUUCUGCAAUUGGCUGGGGUUUUUUUCUUUCCUUUUUCCACAUGCCUCCCCUGCCCCCAAAUCUCUGUACCAAAGCUCAUCGCAAGCAAUGUUGGAAAAG